AUGGGCUCGUUCAAAAGCUCCAAAGACCGACGAAAAUCGGGGGAUUCAAGUUCUAGAAAGGAUUCCUCCACUCGGCAUCAUAGUAAACAGUAUAAACAGUCGAGCGCAGACAGUGUCCCGGGCGUGCAGAAACUAAAGGCGGCACUUCGACAGACAAAGCGGCUUUUAGCAAAAGAUAAUUUGACGCCUGAUGUGCGUGUGACAACUGAGCGGAGACUCAAGUCGCUGGAGAGCGAUUUAGCACGUGCGGAGCGGGCAAAACUUGAGCGUACGAUGGCUACGCGGUAUCACAAAGUCAAAUUCUUUGAGCGCCAAAAGGUCCUUCGCAAGAUUCAUCAGACCCAACGGACUCUGGAUAGUGGCGUCAAUGCAGAGGGUGAGAAGCUCAAGAAGAAACAUCGAAAGACACUCGAGGCGGAGCUAUUUGAACGAAGAGUCGACUUGAACUAUAUCUUGCAUUAUCCCAAGCUGGAGAAGUACAUCUCCCUAUUUCCACCUGAAGUACGCGGUGAAGCGCGCAAUCAAGACGAAGACUCCGAGGCAGAGACCCAUGCGGGAAGUGAGGAGACGACGCAAAAGCGAGCGGAGAUUCGCAAUACGAUACGAACGGCCAUGAUUGCUGGAGAACUUGAAGCCGAACCUGAGAAGCAUUUGGCUGAACGACAAACUUCUACGUCCCUCCAUCAAGAGAAACAAAAGCUAGAAAAGACAUCGGCUUCAGAGCACUCGAAGAAAGCCGUUACAUCGGGUGUGGAGGAGGAUGCAUUUUUCGAGAUGGAGUAG